UCAAGACAGGAGUCCACAGCGUGUCUUGUUGAGCACAUACCUCGUAGAAAAAAACCGUGGAGUUUUGCCAAUAUAUAUCACUGUUCAGUUAGUCAGUUGCUUGUUGUCUAGAUUCCUAGAUAUGUCGACUACUUGAUGUGCGAUACAAUAAAAUGGCUUGAUACCUAGGACAUGUGAUGAUAAAAAAAAAUGCUGCAACUUGAACAUAGGUUAUUAUUUAAUGUUAACUUGAAAAUACUAAUACGCUGCUGAGAACCUUGACAAAAAGGGUUAUCAUCGGAAGUAUAACGAAUGCGUCUGUUACAGAUCAAGAAUUUGUGAGGCCCGGAGGGGAACGAUACCAAUGGAUAAUGCAAGUCAAGUAAACAUAACUCCAAUGGAGGACUGUGCGAAUUCUUCGAGACUUGCUGGUGAAUUCUCAAACUGCUACAACAUCUUUCCAGACCUGGAGGACAGCACCAAGCUGGUGGGAGUGCAAGUGAUCCUCAUCCUGGCUUACAGCACCAUCAUCCUGUUCGGAGUCAUCGGAAACUCCCUGGUGAUAUACGUGGUGUACAAGUUCAAAACUCUGCACACCGUCACCAAUUUUUUCAUCGUGAACCUGGCUGUGGCGGAUCUGCUGGUGAAUACUCUAUGUCUGCCCUUUACUUUGAUCAAUACUCUCCAUGGAGAGUGGAGGUUUGGCCAGGCGUUGUGCUUCAUACUGCCCUUCUCCCAAGGCAUGUCUGUGCACGUUUCCACCAUCACGCUCAACAUCAUCGCCCUGGACCGCCACCGGAGCAUCGUCUACCACCUGGAGACCAAGAUGUCCAAGGAAAUGUGUGCCGCCGUCAUCGUCAUGACGUGGGCCAUAAGCGCGGUCCUGGCCAGCCCGCUCGCCGUCUUCCGGGAGUACGGGACGUUUGACCUUUCGCCCGAGCAGUCCAUUCAGGUUUGCACGGAAAAGUGGCCAGGGAGCGGCAUGGACGGGACCAUCUAUAGUAUCUCCAUGCUCCUGCUCCAGUACUGCCUGCCGCUGGCCAUCAACUCCUUCGCCUACAUCCGCAUCUGGAGUAAGCUGAAGAACCACGUGAGUCCGGCAGGGAGGAACAACCGCAACCAGCGCAAGAGGAAGACCACUAAGAUGCUGGUGAUCGUGGUGGUGGUGUUUGCAGUGAGUUGGUUGCCUCUCCACGCCUUCCAGCUGGCCAUUGACAUUGACAACAGUGUAUUGGACAUGAAAGACUUCAAGCUGCUUUUCACCAUGUUCCACAUCGUGGCCAUGUGCUCGACCUUUGUCAACCCCAUCCUCUACGGGUGGAUGAACAACAACUACCGGACUGCGUUUCUGUCCGUGUGUAAGUGCAGCCAACCUGUCAAUUCUGGGUCGAGGAGCAUCAUGAGCAGAAAGACACUGAGGGAAAAGGACAUGAGCGAUACAGAUUUCCAAGCGACUAAAGUCUGAAUUCAUUAUAUCAACUGAAAUGUGAAAUUGCUGUUCUGUGCAACCUACUGUAAGGGUGAAUUAUGGGUAAAACAUUCUGCUUUUUCACAUUAGUUUAUUGUCAAAAGGUUCAGUGAAGAACCAAGUGUGUUCAAAAUGUGUAAAUGAUUUCAUGCAAGUGCCAAAUGCAUUGCUGAAUUGUGCCAUUGAUAAUCAAGAGCUUAUGAAACUGCUGUUUAAAACUUGCUGCUUCUUACAACUGGACUACUUUGGCCACAUGCAAAUGUUGAUAUUUAAAUGUUGAUCGUGGGACGAAAUAUGUUGACAUUGCCUUUGUGAAUGCUACCAUAGUAAUCCAUGUGGAUCAUACUUUUUAUUUUGAAAUGGAUUCUGAGGCCUUGUUUUGAUAGAUGUGCUUUAAUUAAAAGCGGGGGUGGAAAACAACACAUUAGUUCAGAACGCAGGUUGUAAUUUAUUGACACCUAAUAGUUGCAAAUUCAGCGUGUAAUGAUAGAAACUGACUCAUUCAAUCAAGUUGUGUGUCAGUGCUGACAUUUCCAAAUUCAAAUCAAAUCACAUCGUAUUUGUCACAUGUGCCGAAUACAACAGGUGUAGACCUUACUGUGAAAUGCUUACUUACAAGGCCUUAACCAACAAUGCAGUUCUAGAAAUAGAGUUAGAAAAUAUUUACUAAAUAGACUAAAAGUAACACAAAAUAAUAAAACAUGACAAUAACGAGGCUGUAUACCGGGGGUACCAGUACCGAGUCAAUGUGCGGGGGUACAGGUUAGUUGAGGUAGUUUGUACAUGUAGGUUGGGGUAAAGUGACUAUGCAUACAUAAUAAACAGCAAGUAGCAGCAGUGUAAAAACAAAAGGGUGGUCAAAGUAAAUAGUCCGGUGGCCAUUUGAUUAAUUGUUCAGCAGUCUUAUUGCUUGGGGGUAGAAGCUGUUAAAGAGCCUUUUGGACCUAGACUCGGCGCUCCAGUACCGCUUGCCGCGCGGUAUCAGAGAGAACAGUCUAUGACUAGGGUGGCUAGAGUCUGACAAUUUUCCAUACAUGGUGGAUUUUGGAUAGAUGGAUGGUCCUAGCUAGAGCUAUGGCUACUGUAGAGCAUGUUAUGUACACAGUGUACAACACUUUAGGAACACCUGCUCUUCCCAUAACAGACUGACCAGGUGAAUCCAGGUGAAAGCUACAGUAUGAUCCCUCAUUGAUGUCACUUGUUAAAUCCACUUCAAAUCAGUGUGGAUGAAGGGGAAGAGACAGGUUAAACAAGGAUUUUUAAGCCUUGAGACAUGGAUUGUGUAUGUGUGCCAUUCAGAGUGUGAAUGGGCAAGACAAAACAUUUAAGUGCCUUUGAACAAGGUAUGGUCGUAGGUGCCAGGAACACCGGUUUGAGAGUGUCAAGAACUGCAACGCUGCUGGGUUUUUCAAACUCAACAGUUUCCCGUAUGUAUCAAGAAUGGUCCACCACCCAAAGGACAUCCAGACAACUUGACACAACUGUAGGAAGCAUUGGAGUCAACAUGGGCCAGCAUCCCUGUGGAAUGCUUUCGACAGUCCAUGCCCCGACAAAUUGAGACUGUUCUGAGGGCAAAAGGGGGUGCAACGCAAUAUUAGGAUGUUCCUGAUGUUUUGUACAGUCAGUGUAUAUUGCAACUCUGGCACAUAUAUAUGCACGCUAUAUUAUUAGACAGUCCAGGACAGAUCCGGAACCCCUCCCUCGCCUUCGGUUGCAGGAAACAGUCUCAUGUCCUCACUAUAUUUCUGGAUCAUUUAAGAGGCUGUCCUUUCUUCCUGUUUCUUAGUCCAUCACCGCGGUUGUGUGGCGGGGAUUGGUUCAAUGCCUCUGUUUUUAGUAACUCAUUCAUGGGCCAUUCAGCACGUAAGCCAAUAAUGGUUUAUCAGGCUGUCGAAAGUUAUUGACCUGCGGCUUACAGAGAGCGGAGCCCGGGGGGGAGCUGCCCCCGUUCUAAAUCAAGUCUGAAGAACAUGAGCAAUGGGGUUUAAGACGUAUAUCAUUUCCCCUUUGAUACUGUCUGUGUUCACUACGGAAUUACAUUAGGAUGCAAGCAGUGAAGUUGAUCACUUACCGCUUGGCUUUCCAUCCAUCUAACAUUUUGAAGUCAAAGUCUACGAAUCCAUUGACAGAAUGGGAGUUAUACAUUUGUGAAACAGAAUCGAUAUCAAAUGCCCAUAUAAUAUUUUCUUACGACAGAUAUACAUUAAAGAAUUAUUCAUUGACUCACAUGCUGACUGUAGCAUGAAAUGACUGCAGCAGUUACAUCAGUGAGAGAAUGAAUGUCAUGAGAUGAAAAAUAUGUUUCCCGGGACACAUAACAAAACAAAAAAAAAUAUUGAUUCUGUCAAACGAUGGAGUUCUUACUUUGUGAAAUUACUCAAUGGACUAAAGUUGCUCAGGAUAAGUGGCCUGAUGACAACGCAAUAGAUCGGUCUUUCUGCCAGACAAAUGGGUAUCGGACAAGUCAGGAAGUAAAACAUGUUUUCGGGUGGAGAAAAAUAAAUAUGUAUUGAUUCUGUCAAAGAAUGGGGUUCUUACUUCCUGGAAAUGACUAAAUAGACUCAAGUUGGCAAGAGUAGCUAAGCAUAAGUGGCCUGAUGACAACAAUGCAACACAACAAACUCUUUCUGCCAGACAGAUGGGUAGCGGACAAGAAUGAAAGCCUCAAGAGACGCUGAGAUGUGAGUCAUAUAGUCCCACAAAAGCCAUCCAAUGAUUAGCAUGGCAUGGCUAGCGGGGUAUACAGAAUCCCAAUGUCCUCAUCUGCCAUCUGUGUAACCAUAAGGAGUCAAAAGGGUUCACACCUUAUUAGAAUAGUGCAGAUAGUCCAGCUGUAGUCCAUCUGUA